AUGGACCCGGAGCGCUGCGCGCCUUUCGGCGUGGGGCCCGGGCCUGGCCCCUUCGCGGCCGCCGGGGACGAGCCUCCGGGCCCCCAGGGAACCCCCGUCGCCGCGCCUCACCUGCACCCCGCGCCACCCCGCGGCCCGCGGCUGACCCGCUUUCCGGCCUGCGGGCCCCUGGAGCCCUACCUCCCGGAGCCGGCCAAGCCGCCCGCCAAGUACCUGCAGGACCUCGGGCCCAGCCCGGCGCUCAACGGCGGCCACUUCUACGAGGGCCCUGAGGAAGCUGAGGAGAAGGCCUCCAAAGCUGCCAGCUUCCCCCAGCUGCCCUUGGACUGCCGAGGGGGCCCCCGAGACGGGCCCUCUAACUUGCCAGGCUCCCCAGGCCCCUGCCUGGCCAGCCUGCGCGUCCCUCUGUCCCCGGGACUCCCUGACUCCAUGGAGUUGGCCAAGAACAAGAGCAAGAAGCGCCGUAACCGCACGACCUUCAGCACAUUCCAGCUGGAGGAGCUGGAGAAAGUCUUCCAGAAAACCCACUACCCUGAUGUGUAUGCCCGGGAGCAGCUGGCUUUGCGCACGGACCUCACCGAGGCCCGGGUACAGGUCUGGUUUCAGAACCGCAGAGCCAAGUGGCGGAAGCGUGAGCGUUAUGGGAAGAUCCAGGAGGGGCGGAACCCCUUCACGUCUGCCUAUGACAUCUCCAUGCUGCCCCGAACCGACAGCCAUCCCCAGCUGCAGAACUCCCUGUGGCCCAGUCCAGGGUCUGGGAGCCCCGGGGGGCCCUGCCUCGUGUCUCCAGAGGGCAUCCCCUCCCCAUGCAUGUCUCCAUACUCCCACUCUCACGGGAAUGUAGCUGGCUUCAUGGGGGUGCCAGCCUCUCCUGGAGCCCACCCUGGCAUCUACUCCAUCCAUGGCUUUUCCCCCACCCUAGGGGGCCACAGCUGUGAGCCCUCCCCGGAUGGCGACUAUAAGUCUCCAAGCCUCAUCUCACUCAGGGUGAAGCCCAAGGAGCCGCCCAGCCUGCUGAACUGGACCACAUGAUCUGGCGUGUGGACACGCAGACUGAGCUGCCCAGCCCCGUUUCCGCUCCCAGCGGCUCCCACCCCACCCCGGCCUGAAUGGCAGAGAGGACACACCUCUGCCUCCAAGGCCCAGAGGGUUCCUGGAGAGCCCAGCAGAGCAGCUGGGACCCUCAGGCUUCCGCAGGGAACAAGCUACAGAAUCUUUUCUGUUAGAAUAAGGCAAGGCUGCCAAGGAGGAAGGGGGCUUCAAAGCAGGUAGGCCUCAUCCUACCACGCAUCGGGUCCCCUCCCCCAAACUCUGGGCCGGAGGGAAAAAGAUACUGCCCUGCUUCCUUCAGACUUUGUCGGAGUUUAACCGUCAUCCCUCCAGCUGAAACAACUUAACUGGCACCUCAUUCAGGGAAUGCAGGAGAAUGGGAGAACGAAACAGGUUGAACUAGGCACUUCUUGCCAUGCAGGGGAAACCAGGUUGUCUUACAUGACAGCCUAGGGCUAACCUCACUUCCCCUUCCCACCACAAGGGGGCGUGCACCCAGCAUCUGGCGCCGACAAGGGCCUGGAAACUGAAGGUCGGUGUAAAAGGCACCUCUUCUCUCCUGCUCAGCCAUCUCUGCUCUUGUCCUACAACAUGUGCCCCCUCCUGCAACAUGCUAUGGAGUCCUCUUCCCCCUGCCAGGGGCAGAAAUUCCACCAGAAACCGCCAGAUAUCUGGAUUCUCUUCCAUGAGAUCAGGCCAGAGCACUGCCGUGGAAACUGCAGGCUCCCUUGGUUUACUCAUUGGAUGUUGGUAAGAAUAAAACAUUCCAGACUCAGCCCCUGAGGUUCCA